UUUCACACCAACUCCGUUUCUCUUUCCCAAUGGCCAGCUUCCCUCAACAAGAUCCUAACCCUAACCCUAAUCCUAAUUACACUCAUUUUCCCCCAAUCCUCGACCCGUCUGUUUUCUUCGACUUCGACCUCUCCGAUUACCUCAUGCUCAACGACGACAACAUCAACAUCGACGACCAAGCCGCUUCCUCCUCGCCUAGCAUCGCCUCGUCAGAGAAGAUCACUGGAGUGGACAGUGGCAAUAGUUGUGCCGUAGUCGACAGUGGAUCUAGUACCGUAGCAUCGUCAGGAGCGACAUCGUCCAUGAACGAAGGGAAGAAGAAGAAGGAAGAUGUGGGGUGUAGGGUUGCCUUUAGGACCAAAUCGGAGCAAGAGAUCAUGGAUGAUGGCUACAAGUGGAGGAAAUAUGGGAAGAAGUCUGUGAAGAACAGCCCAAAUCCCAGGUGAUUAAUUAAGUUAUGGCUUCAAAUUAAACUUUUUAAAAAUUGAAUCAGAUUUGAUUUUGGUCAUGAAAUUUUGGUUGGGGACAAUUUAAUUAGGGGACCUUUUGAUUUAGACGUGUAAUUUUAUGUGUCUUAUUCAGUUGUCACAGACCAUAUGUUGGAGGCGGCUGGAAUAAUAGUCAAAAACAUAUAAAGUAAAGUUAGGGAUAAUAUAUAUUAUAUGAUAAAUUAUAGAUAAUAUAUAUUUGGUAUAUAUGUGUGAUUCACAUUCAAUUUGAGAGAGAGGGGGGAGAGUAUUAUAGUAAUUUCACCAAGGGACGAGAAUGAAAAAAAAAGUAUAGUCAACGUUUGGUGUUGUUGUGCAGCACUUGGUAUGAUAGGAGAGCUUUAUAAAAAAGAUUGAAAUAUAUUAUAAUAUUUUGUAUGAUAAAAUAAUGAUAGUCCUUAUGUGUUUAGCUUCAAUUUGCUGUGAAUUGCUUUAAAAGUUUCUAUUUGAUCAUAUAUCAGGAGUGUUCAAAAAAUUCGAUGAUCCGAGCGACCCGUGUAAUCCAAUCCAAAUUAUAAGGAUUAGGUUGGGUUAAUUAG